AGAACACCCUAACUACCAACCAGGCGAUCGGGUAUGGUUGUCCACAAAAGACUUGAGACAAGCUCACGGCUGUAAAAAACUAGCGCCACGAUAUACUGGACCAUUCAAGAUCCUCAAGCGGGUCAAUGAAGUCACCUACCGUCUGGAACUGCCACGACACAGCCGCAUCCCCCCUUCAUUCCACGUAUCACGUCUCAAACCUUAACGGUCCUCUAGCCACCGAAGUACCAGCUGAAACUCCUCCGAACCCUCUGGAGAUUGAUGGACAACCGGCUUACCGCGUCAGGAACAUCCUCAAAUCUAGACGCAGGAGGGGCAAGCUGGAGUAUUUGGUCGAGUGGGAAGGUUACGGACCUGAGGAACAGUGCUGGGUUCCCAAGCAGGAUAUACUGGAUCCACAGCUCACCAAGGACUUUCAUGUCACUCAUCCUCAUCUCCCAGGCCCACGACCCCGGGGGAGGCCAAGAAAGAACUCUGCUCCCGGAGUGAGCCCUUUG